GCUUGCGCCUACAAAUAAAGAAGGAAAAAAAGAUUGCCCCUCUUUCCCAGCGCGCGAGAAAGAAAGGGGUUGUGAAGAUGGCAUUACAAACUGGGGUUUCAACGUCCAAGGUUCUCAUCCUCGUUGGAGCAGGGUUAACUGGUUCUGUUGUUUUAAGAAGUGGGCGAUUGUCUGAUUUGAUAUCACAACUUCAGGAAUUACUGAAGGGUGUGACGGAGGAGGACCUCUCUCCUACACCUUACAAGUAUGAUACUGCUGUUCUCGCCGCCCAGAUUCGGCAACUGGCUCAAGAGAUCAGGGAGUUGACAGUAUCUGGUCCUGUAACUGUCUUUAAUGGAAACUCUUCUUCUAGCGGGAAUUAUGCUUCUUACUUGAUGCCAGCAGCCGCUGUUGGAGCAAUGGGGUAUUGUUACAUGUGGUGGAAGGGAUGGUCAUUUUCUGACAUAAUGUUUGUGACAAAGCAAAACAUGGAAAAUGCUGUGUCGACUGUCUCGAAACAACUGGAUCAUGUGCACGAAGCACUGGCUUCAACAAGGAGUCAUCUGACAAAGAGGUUGGAGAAAUUGGAUUGGAGGCUGGAUGAGGAGAUCGAAACAACAAAUCUCAUAGCAAAUAAUGUGGAGGAGGUUAAGUCCAACCUUUCUCAAAUUGGUUUUGAUGUUGAAACAAUCCAUCAAAUGGUCUCACAAUUGGAAGGAAAACUCGAGGUUCUCGAAAAGAAACAGGACAUCACAAAUUCUGGACUCUGGUAUCUAUGUCAAGCUGCUGGAGACGCCAAAGACCGCAUAACCGACAAGCUCUUCCCCGUGAGUAAUUCUUUGCAGGCAAAGAAGACUGCAACGAUCAAGUAUGAGGAGAACUCCCUCAAGGGACUGCAGUUCAUCGCUGAAACUAAAGACACCAGCAUCACGGCAGUGCCAAAUGGAGUGAAGGGAAACAGCCAUGACAACGGCAGCAGUGACAAGCUUCCUGUAAGAAGAACAAGAUUGCAUAGGUCAUAUCCUGUUGGGAUGUCUUUGGCCCGAGACAUUAUGGGCUGUGAUGCAUAAUUCUGUGUGUUCUCUGAUACCAUUUUUUUGUCGAGAAGCAUUUGUGCUCUGCUUAUAAAAUAAAGCGUACAGGUUUUACAAACACUUCCAUUUGUUGUAUAAAUUGUUUGAAGAAACUAUGUCUCUUAUCAAAUCACAUAAAGUUUGCAUUUUUUUUCUCCCUUCUCA